AUGGAUUCAUAUAAUGAAACUAAGUACAAGGAAUUAAAGAAGAAGUAUGCCAUUCUCAUGAAGCAAUAUCAAAUGAUUCAAUAAGAAUAUGAAAAAGUUAAUGGUGAAUUAGCAGAAUCGAACCAAGAGAAAAGGAUUCUCCAGAAUCGAAUAAAUGAAAUAUUAGGAAAACAAAGUGAGGACAAUUGA